CAACUUCAGUGCAUAGAGAAUCUCAACAAGAUACCGCAGUUGAAGAAAGAGCGAGCUUUCUUUGAGGGUGUACGCAAUUCUCAUGCAAUGAUAGUAUGUCGUGACCCCAAGUUGUUCAAGCAUCAUUUAGAGGGCGAGGGCGUGUUACGACAUUGGGCGGAUCACUUCGAGCUGUAG